AUAGGUACUCAUCGGGUUGUCAGACAGACAAGCAAAGUUAUAUCUACCUCUUUAUCUCUAUCCCUAACUUCAUAUAUCUAUCUACCUACCUAGGUAUUUAUUUAUCUAUCUAUCUAUCUAUCUAUCUAAUACCCAAACCCAACCAAACAAACAAACUCACCCGCAAAAACCAAAAUGCGCACCUCAACCCUCCUCCCCAUCUUUGCCAGCCUUGCUGCCGCCGCACCCGCCGCAAACCCCCAACUCACGACGCGAGACGCGCCGUCGCCCCCGCCCCGCAUCGUAUCGGUAUCGUACUCGGGCAGCGGGUGUCCAUCGGCGUCGCCGGCGGUGGACCGCACGGGCGGGUUCGACGACAUAUCGCUGCGGAUGAACUCGUUCGAGGCCCGCACCACGUCCGUCGCCGACUCCUCGGUCAACUGCCAGGCCCACCUGGCGAUUGCCGGGUCCGCGGCCGGCUGGCAGGUCGGCGUCAAGGACGUCUACGUCAAGGGCCAUUUGGUGCUCGACCCCGGCGCGUCGCUGGAUUACUACGUUACGAGCUUUUGGAGCGAGGAUGCUGAUAACACUGUCACGAUCAGGGGCUCCCUAGCCAACGACGGCACCGGCCGCGUAAACCAAGACGUCACGGCGCACAGCACGGUUCCCGACAACCAGGUCGUCUACUCGCCCUGCACGAACUCCAAGGGCAACGUCGGCCUGCUCAAUGUCAACUUCCGCGUUGCGCUCCAGGCCGACGGCGCUCAGUACGGCUACUUCGGCAAGGACCCGAAUACUACUGCCUCUGAGAGCUGGAGCUACGUCUGGCGCCGGUGCUAGAUUAUUUAUCAUUAUUAUUAUUAUUAUCGUUCUUCUUCUUCUUCUUCCUCUUCUUCGUUAUUCCCUAUGGGGGAUGAGUGGAAGACGCCAAACGAGCGAGCGAGCGUUUCUCGUAGGGUGGGUUUGGCGGAAAACAUUGAAUUUUGGUUCCUUUUGUUUGGCGGCAUGGGCUGGGUUUGUAUUGGAUGGAUUGUGGGUUUAUUAAAAGCUUGAUAGAUUAUAUCAACCUAUACUUUCUACAUAUUUGUCUCUGACUUGUGUUUCAAGGGUUUAAACCAGGGUUCAUAGUGGAAUAUGUCUCAACAUCUUGGAGAGACUACCUAUAUAUAUGUGUACCUAGGUAAUGACAACAGCUUACUGGGUAAU